AUGAACGAUUUGAAGCGGUCUCGCACAAGCGUCGGCGUCGCCCGAAAGCCCUCGAUUCUGGCGAAGACGUUUUUGAAAAGUUGCAAAAAUUACCCCCUGUCCGGGGAUUUGAUCUCGCGCCCCUUGGCAUUGAGACACACGGCGCACGUGGGCGCGUCUGGGCACAAUUUUGGCGAUUUAUCGUUUCUAGAGCCGGGCGGGCGCUGCCGAAAGUCCAACGGGCUUGAGUGCGACCAGGAGUACGACUCGCCUGUGCUGCGCAAGACGGAGAGCAUUCCCAGCGUUGCGCGCGACGCCUGCAACUCGCUCGCGCACGCCGGUUCGGGCUUGAUCUCCGACUCUGGCCACGGCUCCGACGCGGGCACCUUUGACAAGAUCAGCUCUCAGUUCUCCUCCGCCACCGAGGACGAUCUGAGCUCAUUGUCGGACAAGUCGGACAGCAGCCCGGAGACAGACAAGGUCGAGAUCUUUUGCGAUUUCACCAUCGACCUUGGGCCAGAUUUGCUCGAAGAUGUUAUGGGCAUGAUCGCGCAGAUGCACCCGGGCAGGGAGGGAGAGAAAACAGCUAGAAGCGCCAACAAGAAAACUAAACCCAUUAAGGUCUAA